ACCAUCGCGCUUCAACUAUCCUAAGGAGCACACCAGCACAAUAAACCAUAUGCGACCUCCUCCACGGCCAACGCCUUGCGUUUAUUGCUGGUCACAAAAUGACACGUCCAAGGUGUUGCGCUCUGCGCUUCCCUGGUAGAUACUGGAACAUGUACAGGCUGUAAAAGGACAAAAUGAGGGCAUGCAGAUUGGACCAGCGGCUGCCGAGCGAGCUACUCAAGCUUGAGCGGAAGAAAGUGCCGGUGGCACAAAUUCCUGGCCUGGGCGCCUUGGAGUUUGAGCUGCUGCCCCCCUUCCCGAACUGCCCCGACUCCACCGAGCACCGGGACAAGUUCGAUGACGCGCACCGCCUGCUGGCAGCCAACUUCGCGCCCAACCGGCAGCAGUUGCUGUCGGCUGUGUAUGCGGGCCGGAAGCCGCGGGAGCCGGACAAGCGGAUUGUGGAGGGCGACAGCAAGUACGAUGCGUGUCAGGUGGCGGGGCUGUGGUUGGGCGGGCGGCUGGCGUGCGCGGCGGUGAUGCGCACCAACGUGCCGGGCCUGGGUGGCGAGGCGCCCGGCAGCCGCCUGCACCUGCAGAUACUGUUCCAGGCCACAGCGCCGGAGCACAAGCGCCACGGGCUGGGGCGGCUGCUGACGCGCUGCGUCCUGUCGCGCGCGGUGGGCGCCGGACACGAGUACGCGACCGUGGUGGUGGGCGGCCGCGACGUGGAGGGCUACUGGGCCAAGAUGGGCUUCAGGCGGCCGGCGGGGGCGGGGCAGGACACGUACGAGGCGAGGCAGGUGCUGUCGCACAGCGCCAUCCACGCAAUGAACGCGCCCGUUUGGAUUGCCUACCUGGCUGCUGAGGCGGCGGCGGCGGCAGACGCGGCAGCCAAAGCAGCGGACACGGACACGGACGCGGUGGGAGCAGCUCGCCCCCCUCUUGAGGAGGACGUGGAGGGCGCCAACGGCGGCAGCGGUGACAGGGAGGCGGGAGAGGCGCGGGCGGUGCCGGAAGAGCCAGGGGCGGCGGCUAACACUCUUGGCGACGGCGAGGGUGGGGGUGGGGCCGAGGGCGGGGACCGGGCGGCCACGCCCAACCCAACGCCGCCCGCGCAACAGCCGCCGGCAACAAUCGACUUAUAUGCUAAGCCGCCGAGGCAGGUUGCGGAGCAGCACGCGGCGGCGCUGCUGGACACGGCGGCGGCGCGCGUCACGGCGGCCUACGCCGAAGCGCUCGCGCGCGGCGAAACCUUCACCCCGCAGUCGCGCCGCGCCGCCGCAGCCGCAGCCGCCGCGGCAUCCGGUGGCUGGGGUGGUGGCGACUGGCCGGGCGGUGUGCCGUCGACACCGGGCAUGGACGGCGAUGGCACGGGCGAGGGCGGCGAGGGCGGGCUCGCCUAUGGCCGCGCUGUGACGCCAGGGCCGGGAAGGACGCCGCUGCUUAUGGCACGGCGGGGCAGCUGGCACGGCCGUGGGGGCCGGCGAGGAGGCAGGGCCCGUGCCGGCUCGCGUUCAGCGGCGUGGGCUGGCAGCCGCACGUCAGGCGCAGACAUCGAGGAGGCCUCGGGGCAAAUGGAUGGGGAGGAGAAGGAAGAGGAGGAGGAGGCAUCAGAUGAGGUGGUUGAGGAGGAGGACAACCUGGAGGGGGGCACGUCCGGCAGUGGGGGAGACGGCGGAGAGGCGGAGCGCUCGCGUGGGGCUGCGGGCCCAGGGGCGGCGCCAGGGCGGCAGUACGGCGCCGCCGGGCAGCGGGGCGCGGGCGGCGCGGGGCCGGGACCCUCCAGCGAAGCAGCCGCUGCCACUGCCGCGGGGUCGACUCGAGGCCGGGGCCGGGGCCGGGGCCGUGGUAGGGCCGCUGUCGAGGCAGCGCGUGAGGAUGGCUCGCCUGCAGGGGCAGGCUCCGAGGGCAAGGGCAGGGAGGCGGGCGGCCGGGGCAGGCGGCUGGCUCUUGGAGGAGACGUUUCGGGCGCCAGUGGCGGCGAAGGGCCGGAGUCUCUGCCGCCUGUUGUGCCCACCUCAGAGACCAAGGGCACCACCAAGGCCGCGCUCGCCAAGGCGAUUGCGCGCAAGGCACAGCAGCAGCCGGCACACACGGCGUCAGAGGGGAUGGCGCCGGCGUCGCCGCUGAAGAAGCGGAAGGUUUUGCUGGCAGCUGAGGCGGAGGCGGAGCCUCAGGUGGACGGCGCAGCGAACGGAGAGGCGCACGGGGAGCGGGAGGGGGCAAGAGCGGGGCCGGCCUCGGGCGUGGUGGGUCAGGCCAACGGCGGCAGCAAGCUGCCGACCAAAAAGGGCAUCAAACGCGCCAAAGCAGCCGCUGGCACGAACGGGGCUGUACCCAAACCUAAGAGCAAAGCACCCAAGGCGAACGGCGACGUGGCCUCUGUCACUGCAGUCGCGGUUGGUGCGGCUGGUGCGGCCAGUGGGCCAUCUGGGCGUGCGGGCGGCUUAAGAGCCGGGCGGCGGCUGACACCGGCGGAGCACGCGGACAUGCCGGAGCCGCCGCCAGACCGCAAGACGGCCUCGCUGCACGACCUGGCUUGGCAAGCGGAGACGGUGAAAGCCGGCGGCAGCAGCAGGCGGGGCAAGAGCGGCGGUGGCGGUGGCGGCGCUGCAACGAAGCCUGCGGCCGCAGCUGCAAAUGAUCACUGGCGGGAGCAAGAGGAAGCGGAGGAGGAGGAGGAGCGGCGGCGGCAGCAAGAGGAGGAGGAGCUGCAGGAUGAGGACGCCGAGGAGGUUGUCACGGACGAGGACGAGGAGGAGGAAGAGGAGCAGGGCUGGGGCUCCCAUCGCCGCGGCCGGCGGAGAAAGGCAACCGUGAAGGCGGUCAACCGGCGGGCGGGGUCGGAGGCGAGGCGCGCGAGGGGCCGUGGCAGCAGGCGGCUCCAGCGCACCCUUUCAUCCUCGUCAUCGGAUGAGGACUGGUCGCCAUCAGCGGCGGCACGGUCCGACUCGGAAGCUGGGCCCGCCGGGGCCCGUGAGCGUGAGCGCGAGCGUGGGCGCCGGGACCCAAGCCGUGAACGCGAGCGAGGCCGUUACCAGGAUGCGGAGCAGCAGGGGCACGACCGUGGGUCCAGCAUGGAGCUAGAUGAUGAUGGAGACGAUGGCUCUCAGGACAGGGGAGCGGGGCGCACCCGCGUGGCCAACGGCAGCAGCGGCGGCGCCGGCCGGCCACAACGCUGGGGCCCGCCCGCGCCGCAGCGACUGCAGCAGCAGCAGCAACCGGUGCCAUUGCAGCCCCAGCAGCAGCAGCAGCCGAAGCCGCGCGGGCGGCUGCCGCCGGGUGUGCUCACGGGUCCGCGGCCGGUGCUGCCGCCCACGCUGUCGCCGCUGGAGCUGCUGCCUGUGGCGGCGGCGCUGCCUCGGGCGCCGGCUGCCGCGGGGUCCGGCGCGGCGGGUUCCUCUGCGACGGCACCUGAGGCGCCGGGGCCCUCAGCCCUGCCGCCAGCCUUCGAGCGCGCGUGGAGGCCAGCAGUGGAGCAGGUCUGGUCGGCGGCGCAGCACGUGUUGCAGUCGCUGAACGCGCAGCUGCAGCUGCUGGGGCGCAUUGCCGCUCACACCGCCGCCCGCCGCGCCGCCGGCCUGGGCGCCAUCACCGCCACCUCGGCGGCGCUGGCGGCGCUGCUGCGGGAGGGCGGCGAGCUGGAGGGCGCCCUGGCGGACGGCGUGCCGUACCUGCUGCAGGGCGUCACCGAGAGGCUGGGGGACCUGUUGGAUGGACUGGAUGAUGACGACGGCGACGACGGCGGCGGCUCGCUGCCGCCGCCGCCCGCUCCGGCGCAGCCGCCGGCGGCGGCCAGCGGGGCUGUGCAGCAGCAGGCCGGGCAGGUGCCGCGGCCGGCGCCGCCGCCAGGGCCGCCGCCGGCAGGGCACGGCCACGCCCCCGGCUAUGCGUGGACGGGUCCCGCCUCAGGGGAGGCACCGGGGCAGCCCGCGGCACAAGCUGCAUAUGCGCCGCACGGUGGCCCCUUGCUCGGCUCCAGCACCAGCGUCCAAGGCAUGGGCCCAGGCGCAGCCGGGGAUCACCAGCAGCACCACCAAAAUUACCAGCAGCAGCAGCAGCAGCAUUACCCGAACCCGCAUCAUCACCACCGUCACCACCACCACCAGCAGCAGCACGCACCGUUGCCGCGGGCCCCGUACGGCCUGGCUGCGGGGCUGUGGGCAGGCAGCGCCCCCCCGCACGCCCAGUCCGCCACCGCGCCGCGGGCGCCGCUGCCGGCAGACCCCAACGGCCCCCCGGCGCUUGCUGCCCCCCAACGCCCCGACGGCACGGCUGCUGCCACCGUGCCCGCUGCCGCGCCGCCGUCAACUCUGCCGUCAGCCAGUGCCGCUGCUCCUGAGCAUCUGCCUCAGGCCGCUCAGGCGCAGGAGCCGCAGCAGCAACACAACCAAGCCAAAGCCGCAAGCGCUGCUGCGGGUGCGGGUGCGGGUGUGGCUGAGAAGGCAGGCACGGCUGGGCACCAGGGCAAGGAGGCGUCGGCCUACAAUGGCGAUCAGCGGGGUCAGGACCACGAUCGGCUCGAGCUGCAGCCGCUGCCAGGGUGGGACAGCGAUGGAGGCCGGGGCGGAGGCCUGCCCGGCCACAAGGGCUGGCACAACCCGGGGCCGCGGUCCGUGGAGGACGGCCGUGCAUCGCUCCGGCCGGGAGUACCGCGGCCGUGUGGGGCGGAGCGGGAGGAGGGCCGGGGCCAGCAGCACGCCGGGGAUGGCAGCAGCGAUCAUCCAGGCUGGGGCCGCCACCGGGGGUUGCAGCGGGACCCUCUGGAUGAGAGGGACCGGGAGGUGCUGAGGUGGGAGCAGGAGCGGCGGCGGCAGCAGGCGGCGGACGCGGCGGGAGAGCGGGAGGAAGCCUGGCGGCUGCGGCCCCGGGAGCGGGAGCGGGAGUGGUGGCCGGAGGACGACAGGGACUGGCAGGCGAGCUACCGCCAGCCCCCCCUGCGCGGCCAGCGGGGGCUGGAAGGCCCAGGGCAGCGGCAGCGAGAUCAGGGCCUGCGACAGGAGCCGCAACACCAGGCGCAGCGGCGGCAGCUGGCAGGGCCGCACGGUGGCGUGGACUCGCGACACGGCGAGUGGGGCGGAGGCAGAGGCAGUAAUGGCAUAGACCGGCAGCCCGCUCGCCGACGGAGCCGCAGCUGCAGCCACAGCGCCAGUCCCGUUCGCGGUCGCGGUCGCGGUCGCAGCAAGAGCCGCCCCCCAAGCCGCAGCGCCAGCCGCAGCAGGAGCCGGCCGCGGGACGGACGGGAUGGGGACGGCUGGCGGCGGCCUCCGCCGCGGCAGCAGCGGGGCGCGUCACGCUCUCCGCCGCCGCCGCCGCCGCAGCGCCAACCUACGCCUGAGCCCGAAGAGCGGCCGGCCUGGCGCCAGCUGCUGCGGCAUGUGGUGCCGGCGCGGCAAGAGCGGGAGCGGGGCCCUGGAUGGGGUCGCGAGCAUGUGGCGAGGUACGCAGAGCAGCGGGCGGUGCGCGGGCGCGGCGAACCCGCUGACGGGGAGAGGCCGGGGAGUCGCCACCACGACUGGGACACGGACCAUCACAGGGGCGGGGAGCGUGGCGGAGGCGGGGCUGCGGGCGGCGUCAGCCCGCGCGGCUUUGCACUCCGCCGCCCUGUGGCGUUGGCACCUGGAGCGGGUGGCUCAAACCGGGCGGCAACAGAAGCGGCGGCUGCGGCUGGGGCUGCGGCUGGGGAGGAGGCCGGUCGGCGGGAUGCGCCACCGUGCUCGCCGCCAGGUACAGCCGGGCCAGCCGGCGGCACGUCUUCAGCAGCUGCAGCAGCAGCUCACGAGGCGGACGCGGAGGGGCGUGCGGGCGGGGAGCUGGAGCAGGAUACGGCGCUGCAGGGCGGGCAGCAGCCGGCGCCCGCUCGCGCUGAGGUCAGCGCCGAGCCAGCUGCUGACAGGGCCAGCGGCAGGCCGGAUGGCGCAGCGCCGCGGGGGCAGCCGGGCGCUGCGGGUGUAGCUGCGGGCACAGCCGCUGUUCCGGCCGCCACUGCUGCGGGCGCAAGAGGCGCUGCCCACACCCACGGUAGGGCUGCAGGUGGUGUGGCCGCGCGAGGCCCACGGUUGGCAGAGGAUGCAGCACCUCAGCCGCCAUCGCAGCCCGAGUCAGCGGCUGCGGAGCUAGCGGACGAACGCAGCUGGCGCCAGCGGUCUGAAGGUGGCGACGCUGCAGCGGCGCGUGUGGCCGACUCGCCGCGUGGGCGGCUCUCCCCUCAGCAGCCCUGGCAGUCACAAGCGCGCCGGCGCAGCGACGGUGGCGAGGGCGCGCGCGCCGGUGACUGCCGCGGCCCGGGCGGGCGUGGCGAGGAGGCGGCCUGGGAGCGGAGUCGGCUGCCGCACCGGCCAUCUGUGGCCGUGGCCCGCAGGGCCCCGGGCUCACCGGAGGAAGGCAGGGCGUCGCGAGACGGCGCCGCCAGCCCGGCAGCGCUGGCAGAGCAGCCGGCCAAGCCGGGCGCUGAGGAAACAGAGCCGCGCAAGCCCAUCGUGUGGGAGAUGCCUAAGCGACGCGAGCGCCUGCCGCCCAGACCCGGAGCAGACGACAACUCAGAGUGGGCUAGGGGCCGCGGCGUCCAAGACCGCGGCGCUGACGGCCACGAUGGCGGCGGUGGCGGCUUGGAUUGGGAGCGGCAGCGCAGCUUGCUUGCGGCUGCGGGCCAGGGAGCCGGCAGAGCAGCUGGCCGUGGCAGUGGCCCUAGUGGCGAUGACAGGGGGCGGUGGCAGACCGGCGGUCGUCGUCCGGCACUGCCGCCGCCCGGCAGCCCUCGCCGCCGUCAGUUCGAUCGCCAGGAGAGGCGGGGCAGCGAAGGCGGCGGCGCCGCUGGUGACAGCGGCACACGGUCGCCGCUGCGUGGUGGCACGCGCUCCCCGACGCCCGGCCAGCGACAGCAACAGCGCGGCACGUGCCUGCCUCCGGCAGCUGCGGCUGCAGCUGUCUCCGAUGACGGCCGCGGCGAUGGUGCCAGGCGCUUGGGUGCCGCGCAGCAAAGCGGCGAUGACGGCGCCAGCCCGAGCACCUUCACGCGGGCUGCUGCUCCCGGCGCCACGCCCCGGAGAGCCGGCGCCUCGCCGAGCCGUAGCGCUGACGGCAGCCGCCACCGAAGCGGUGUGGCCGCCGAUCACGCGGUGUCUGCUCCCACAGGUGAGGCCGGUCGUGGCAGUUCGCCCGACCGCAUGAGGCCGCCGCAGCCGCAGCCGCGACAGCCUCAUGACACCACGGAGCCCGUCCGGGGCAGGGGCACCCCUGGGAGCCCGGGCGCUGGGUUGGGAGGCAAGGGCCGCGGCGCAAGCGAACCAUGCUGGUCGCGCGCGCAGGAGUGGGCCGGCCGGGAGCGCCCGGGCCUGGACGGGGCUGUCGGUCGGGCGGGGCAGCGUGCUGACGAUGACAGGGGCAGACCGGCCGGCCGCACUGACAGCCCGGACCCAGAGGCCCCGCGCGAGCGGGAGCGGGAGCAGGGGCGCGAGCGGGAGCGGGAGCAAGGCCGGAGCCAGGACCGCAGCACCAGGGAAGAGGGAGGAAGCAACGGCGGUGGCAGAGACGCCAGUGCGUCUGCCAACCGCGACGCCCGGACUGCGGGUCCUAGUCAGCGCCACGAUGCGGAGGCCAGCCGGCCUGAGCCCGACGGCAGCAGCGGCAAGGAGCGCAGGAGCCACGACCACUCGGAGCCCAGCAGGGAGGGACCUCGGACACGCACAAACGCGACAGAGGGCAGUCGUAGCGGUGGCGGCCGCGUGCUUGAGGGCGGUCGCGCUGCACGCAGCGACGUUGGCGGGGUCGACCGCCGCGGGGUGGAUGCACCCGGUGCCACCAAGGCUGCAGGUGCAGCCUCAGUCAAGGAUGCCGGGCCGGGGGAUGGCGUCAAGCCGUCACUGCCAUUUCCACCGCCGCCAUUGGCAGGAGCGCAGGAGAGGCAGCAGCCGCAGCCUCAAGGUGGCGUUCCCCAGGGCCCGCGGGGCCGUGGCGAAGAUGAAGCACCGUCGUUGGGAGUGAAGGACGAGCGCCACAGCCAGGCGCGCGCGGGAGCAGAUGCGGCUGCUACUGAUACGGCGACUGAGGCUGCUGCUACUGCCGCUGCGGCUGGCUCUCGUGAUGGCGAUGGAGCUGCAAAAGGUGCUGGCGCUGAGCAAGAUAAGGGCGGCGACGAUGCGGCUGCUGAGGCGAUUGCUGGGCAACGCCGCUCUGACGAGCGCGGGGCGGCCUUUCCUCAGCCACGCCGGCCGCGGCUGACUCAGCAGCGCGAGCCGCAUUGUGACGGGGACAGGCACCGGGACCGGGACAGGGACAGACACCGGGACGGGGACAGACACCGGGACGGGGACAGGGACAGGGACAGGGACCGGGAUAGGGAUCGGGAGCAGCCCCGGCGGGGUGCGGGUGCCGACGGGCCGGUCAGCCCUGCGCGAGACGGCCCUGCGCGAGACGGCGGCGGCCGCCGGCCGUGGCCUGAAGACCAGCAGCAGCAGCAGCAGCAGCAGCAGCGGCCACCACCUUUCGGCCACGGCGAGCGUGACGGCGACCGCAGCUGGCUGGACCGGCCGCGGCCAGACUCCCAGUCCAGACCCAUGCCGCCACCCUCACACUACGAAGACCGCGGCCGCGGCUGUGACCGUGAUCUGGAUGGAGGUAGUGGCGGUGGCGGCUGGGGCGCUGGCGAGUGGGAGCGCGAGCGAGACUGGGGUGGCGGAUUUGACAGGGAGCGGGACCGGGAGCGGGAGGGCUGGCCGCCUGAGCCGCAUUCCGGAGGGCGCGGGCGUGGGUGGGGCGACGGGGCCUGGUAUGGCCCGCCAGGUCCCGGCGACUCCGGCCGCGGCCGCGGCCGUGGGUGGGGCCGUGGGCGUGAGGACUUGCGCGGCCGGGGCCCCGAAGGCCGGGACCAACGGCUGCCGCCUCCGCCGUACGGCGCUCCCCAUGGCCCUUACGACGAGCCGCGUCGAUCGCCACCGCGCCGCGGCGACGGCGGGCCGCAGCAGUGGGAGCCGCGCGGCAGCAGCGACCGCCGGCUGCCACCGAGCCGUGAUGACGACCAUGGUGGUGGCGGCGGCCCUGGUUGGCGCCACGGCCACCACCCCCAAGACGGCUGGCCGCCGCCGCGCGGCCCGCCCCCGCCUCACCAGCACUGGGGCGAUGGCUACCGUGGUGGCGGCGGCGGCCGCAGCCGCUCACCGUCGCCGCAACGGCGGCUCGCUGGGGAUGCGGGCCCAAGCUGGGGCCACCCCCCGGGGGGUCCUACUGAAUUGCAGCCUGACGGGGCCUGGGACGGUCGGGCGCCGCGGCCGGGCGAGCCCCACGGCGAGCGCCUGCAUCCGGGGCAGCGGCCGGACCGCGGUGCGGCGCAACAGGCGGAGCAGCAGCCUGUCGCCGGCGAUGCUGGCAGUGGCGGUGGCGGUUGUGGGGGCGGUGGCGGUGGCGGGGGUGGCAUGCGUCAUGGAGAUGCCCAGCAGGUGAAUGGCGGUAGCGGCCCGUAUGACCCCCUGACACCCAUGGAGCAGCAGCAGCAGCAGCAGCCGCUCACACUAGGGCACCAGCAGGCUCAGAUCAUCACCAUUGCCAUACCCGCCGCCGACUGGUUGGCAGUGACCGGCCCCGCUACCACCGCUGCCGCGGGCGCCACUGGCGGGGGUGUGCCCGGCAUGGGCCACUUGCCCCUGGUCAUAGCCACGACUGGCGGCAGCAGCUGGCAGGCGCCGCCGCCCGCACCGCAGGAUUUUCUGCAGGGGCCACCGCCGCAUGCGGCGUGGCAGCCGCACCCGCACCUGCACCUGCAACAGCAGCUGAUGCAGGCGCCGCAGCAGGGCCAGCAGCACCAGGCGCCCAUGCUGCAGCCCAUGCCAGGCGCGGCUCCAGGCAUGGAUCUGCGGGCGAGCGCGCCCUGGCACACACGCCAGGACGCGCCGCACGCGCCGGUGCAGGUGCUGCCGCCACCACCGCCGCAACAGCAACCGCAGCAGCAGCAAUACUCUUAUCAGCACGCGCAGCAGCAGUAGCCAGGUGCCGACUGAUGCUACAAAAACGAAUGGCUAAUGGAGCGGGGCGAGGUUUGUUUGAGGCACACAGGUGGCCAGUGAGCACAACGCUGCAUGUAGUGGCGGCGUCAGGCGUCAGCUGACGGCGCCCAGAGCCGUUGGAAGCCGGGCUUUGGCAUGCUGAGGUGCUGUGUACUUAUGUGGAGAUGUCGGCAGAUGCAUGCACACAACUAGUAGCAAAGAAGCAGACAAGUGGUGGUGCCGCUGGCACAACGUUUGCAUUGAUCCUUGAACAUUAUGGGGCCUCGCCAAAGUGCCCUCCGAGCGGUGAUACCGGGUCUGAUGACAUGUGGGGGUGGGGGUGGGUGUAAGUAGUGUGGCUGGGCACUGCGUAUGCAUGUGUCUGUUUCCAGGGCGCGUGCCUGUGCUGGCGUUUGUAUGUGUGUUGGCGGUGAGGAGAACGAGCAUGUGCAUCCGUAUUUGUGCAUGCAUGGGACAACUGGAAGCUGAAUCGAGAUGGGUGAUUCUCCAUGUAUGCAUCGUUGUAUAUGCCACUGUCCGCCACUGCGUGGCGUCGGGUGUGCCUGCAUCUUGGCCUACAACGGCGACGGCUGCGGAGGGGUGGCGAGCACCCAGCUACAUGCGCCGUGCUACGCUUAACUAUAUGUUUGACCCUAGCCACCAAACGGCACGCACGCAACACGGCAUCAAGCCGCCUGUCGAGUACGUUCUGGAGAUUCAGGGGAUGUCCUGCCGAGUCCCGAGUGUGAAGUAAGACUGCUGCAGGUGCUCUGACCCGGCCUCCUCAUCCUCGCGCCUCUUGCACCCCCUAGCGGUGCGUGUGGGGCUUGCCUGUGACGCAUCAGCGUACAGCUUGCCAUGAGCCCUUGCGCAUGAGACUCACCAUUGGGCCCUACAAGACGACCGCAUCAUGGCCACAAGGCGCGCGCCACACACAUUCACAGGCAAUAUACACAUCACUACACCAUGCCGCUGAUCACUAUUGACGAGCAGCGGACGCGGCGGGACGUCGCAUUCUGCCGGCUUUGUCUAGCUCCGCCACCGGUCACACCACUGGCCAGCGGUGCCUCUCCUGGGCACAGUGUGUGUCUUCAAUAAAGGCUGCAGAGCAUGAGAGUCUUGCGUCUUUCGUUCUUGUACUGCGUGUCUCGUUUUGGUGGUUUCAGCGGGCUGUGUCCUUACUGCCUGUCCGGCUGCUCUUGAAGAGCGCGGUGGCGACACGUGAUCGCGGCUAGUCCAGGGUUCAUGGGCCCUGACUGCCGAGGGCUUUAGUUUUGAGUGCCGGUGUGAAGGCGCUCUCGCCAGUCCAAGAGAGACUGGUAGGCUGCGGCGGCCGUGUGUCGGGCCCGGGUCAGAGGCAGACCCACAGCGGUAUGUAACAAAACUGGCAC